GUCGGCCCGUAGAAACGUGCGUGUGUACCAUCUCUCGUCGUCCCCCGAUCAUAGAAACGAGACAUCCUAAGAAGCGGCUUUCUGUUUACUCAGGCAACCCAAACACGUGGUUUUCGAGAGCCACCGGACUAUCUAGUCUGUGGUACUAAAAGCCAUCCGAUCCGGGCCUCUUUUUUCCCGCGUUGCGCCCGUUCUUCGAAGGAUCAUCAUCGCUCUUAGUCGGUCUCCUAGUCGUUUCGCCGAGAGCUGAGAGCGCAAGAGCUUUUCGAACGAAGACGACACCCCAAACGCGUUUUGUGGGCCCACGUUUGUUGCAUUCGCUUUUUUUUUUCGUUGGUCGAGCUGCAAUUAUAAAAGUGUUAUUCUGCAUUUUGGCACCUCUUAGUGCUUGAUGAACUGUUGAUUCAAAAUGAAGUGGAUUAUCGUGAUCGCACUGCUAUCACCCGUGCUACUGUUGGGGAUAGCAGGAGCUCCUCAGGAUAUCAAAAAGAAGCCAGAUAAACGACCCACCAAGAAGGCUUCUUCCGCGAAACCAACGAAAAGCCCCAAAUCAAUUAUUGAGGAAUUUUCCGGUCUUCCGGCAUCCGAUCUAGACUUCAUCAAGGAAUUGGACCGACAGUUCAAUGAGCACGGGAACAAAAUUCGUAUCAAGGUGCAGCGAAGCAACAGUUCCGGAGAUUCAAAGAGCCCUAAGCGAAACAUUGACGGUGAACUGGGGUAUGGUCACUACAGUAACAUACCCGAGACUGGGUUUCAUUUUUCCAAACCGAAAUACAUGAUAUACCCGUACACUCAACAUGGCAACUCUCUGAGAGGGGCGAUGAGCGAAGCCGAUGACAUGGUCACAGAAGUGGAGAUCCAACCUUCCCAUAGCUACGAGCUGAAACCGAUUGAGGAAGUUUAUCAGAUUUACCCGACGAGACAUUACCAGCAAACACACCAGCAACAGUAUUAUCAGCAACAGCACCAACAAGAUGAAAGUCCAGUGAUUGUCCUCAAGAUUCCGGGACCAGCGAAGUACGCCCAACAUUUGCAGGCUCUCCUACAGCAGUACUUGGAAGUUCGAGCUGCUCAACUGUACAAAGAAAUUCAAGAUCAAGAGUUUCAACAGCAGCAACAUGCAAUCCAACAACAGCAGCAUGCGAUACUUCAACAGCAACAACAACGCUAUCACCAACGUUACCAACAUUUACAACAACAACAUCAGCACCAGGCACCGCCUACAAAAUACAGCCAACCUGACCCUUAUGCCACACAGCAAUCCUAUAUCCAGACCUACAAAAACACUCACAGUACGUUCGUUCCUACUCAUGGACAUUAUUACAACUCCUACAAAAGACGACCAACUCAACCUACCUACAGAAAACCUGUUUUGACUCCGACUCACAUUGCUUACCAGGCAGCCCCGGAACACGAGCAACAAGCCUAUCAAUACGAAACACAAACAUACCAUCACAAUGUCGAAGCUGCUCAUCAACAGCAGCAGCAGCAUCAGCAACAACAACAGCAACAUCACGUAGAAUACCAAUACGUACAUCAAGUUCCUCAAUCAGCACCCGAAGAGCAACAUCAAACAGAAUACACUUAUCAGAAGCCAGUUAUCAAUUUCGUCACACCUGUGCCAGAGCAGAACACUCACCAGGAACAACACUACGAACAACCCCCCAAAUACCCCAACUUUGCUCAAUACCACGCCGCGCAUAAACCUGUAACCCAAGAACCCGAAGAAUAUCUACCAGAGCCAAAACUGGUCGAGAACUACCCAAGCCAUAAGCAUACCCAAGUUAUCUACAAAACUCACGAUACCAGUGCUCAACUUCACCAGGAAGCCUCCUACGAUCAUCCCGAAUACGCCAUCGUUGCACAAGCUCAACCCCAACAGGCGUCUGCACCGGAAGAACAAGACAACUCCAACGCCCAACACAAAUACAUCUACCAAGAAGUGUACCCAUCUCAGGCCUCAUUCUUCCAGGAGAAGUCCUUCGUUGAGCAAGCUACCCCGGAGGCGGUCAAUGAUUUGCACGGCCACGGUAGUGUAACCCCUGAACCGGAAACCGAUCCCCAUCAAUACAACACCGAAUCAGUAGUGGCGAUUACCCAGAAAUCGAAAACCCUCUAUAACUAUCACGCCCACCAGCAUCGACGAUCACACGCCACUAGGUCAGCGGCCGCCAACAACGGUCGAAACGGUGGAACCUCUAAGUCCUCCUCCAGCAAACGGGAUGCUCCCUUCACCGAGGAGCAGUUCAAAAAGGUCAACAAAGUAGUACAUCGAAUGAAGAAGAAGCCUAGCAAUGGAAGCGCGGCAACACUUACAACUACGGCCCAAGGAGUCGUAUCUAGUGCUUAGGAACCCUUUCUAGCGUCAACCACAAAUGGUUUUCAAGCUCAACAAAUGGUGAUUAGCUACCCAAAGCGAGUAGCGUUUUGUACGUAGUGUUUCCAAAUAUUUGUUAUACAUGUAUGUAUGUUAGCUUUUCUUUUUAUUUAAAUUAUUAGGAAUCCCUUACAAGUACAUAGUUUUAAUCGAUUAGUCUAUACUAGAAACUAGCAGCCGCCAUAACUUUCAGUUGGUUUAUUUCAUGUCCGACACCUAAAUCAUGUUUUGUUAAAGUUUCCCAAAAAAGAAAAAAAAAAUCCUGUUGGAUUUUCAAUCUUAGAAAAAAAAAUCACAGCAUUCACUUGUUACGCUCGGCAACUAUGGAGGCAACUAUUUUAUA